CCUGGACCCACUGCCAUUUCUCUAGGGUCUGGGGUCACGGGUUACAGGGUGGGGCCAUUCUGGAGUAGGGCAGUUUUUCCCACCUAAGUUCUUCGGGGUCCCAGGGACCCAGAGAAUUCUGAGGGCAGGGGACUUGGAGAAGUCCUUUUGCAGCGCCCCCCACUAAGCUGCUGAGGCUGCAUGCAGUCAGGUGGUGUGUCCUGCUUACAGCGGGGGUGGAGGGAUGUGGCCUCCCCUGCCUUCUUGGAGGAGGAAAUGUCAGCUCAGAAAACACCCAAGGAACAUCCCCAAAGUCACUCAGCCAGCAGGUGCUUCAGGUGGCAUUAGAGCCUGACUUUGGCGAGGACUCAGUGCCAGGCUGGCUUCAGGACAGAGCCCAGCAAAGGGUCCAAACACACCCCCUCAACCUGGAUCAGGCACAGGCCACAGAAGCAUGUCAACAAAGGCUUAUUAAGCAACUACUGUGCUCCAGGCGCCAUUCCAGACAAGAGAUCCAGCAGUGAGCGAGGCCCUGCCCACAAGGGGCUCACCUUGCAGCUGGGACGUGGACACCAAACGAGAUCUAAAUCAGUGAGGUCAUCAGCGUUGGAAGGCACUAAGAAGAGGAAAAUGCCUGGGGACUGGCAUCUGGGAAGGAAACAGAAAGGAGACUGGGUGAAGGCCUGAACUCCGGGCCUGCUGACAUUUAAAAGCCCCUAAGGAGAUGGCAGAGAGGCCAAUGAGGAUGGACACCAACAAGGGCCUCCCAGCCAUGGAGAGCCACAGGGACCUCCACAUAUGGAUCAUUGAGAAUCUGAAGAUGGUGCCGGUCCCCAGACGGGCUUAUAGGAACUUCUUCGAAGAACACUGCUACAUCGUUCUGCACGUCCCUCAGAGCCUGAAGGCCACACAGGGGGCCUCCAAAGACCUGCACUACUGGGUGGGGAAGGAGGCGAGCCGGGACGCGGAGGACGCGGCGGGCUCCUUCGUGCAGCACCUGCAGGAGGCGCUGGGUGGCGCCACCGUGCAGCACCGCGAGGCGCAGGGCCACGAGUCCGCCUGUUUUCUCAGCUACUUCCGCCGGGGAAUCAUCUACAGGAAGGGAGGCCUGGCCUCUGGCCUCAGUCACGUGGAGACCAACAUGUACAACAUCCAGCGACUGCUGCACAUCAGAGGGAGGAAGCAUGUGUCAGCCGCUGAGGUGGAGCUCUCCUGGAACAGCUUUAAUAAGGGAGACAUCUUCCUGCUGGACCUGGGCAGGAUGAUGAUCCAGUGGAAUGGGCCGAAGACCAGCAUUGCCGAGAAGGCACGGGGCCUGGCCCUGACCCGCAGCCUCCAGGACCAGGAGCGUGGUGGCCGUGCACAGAUUGGCGUGGUGGAUGAUGAGGCUAAAGCCACUGACCUCAUGCAGAUCAUGGAAGCUGUGCUGGGCUGCAGAGUGGGCAACCUGCAUGCCACCACGCCCACCAAGAGUAUUAACCAACUGCAGAAGCCCAGUGUCCGCCUCUACCAUGUCUAUGAGAAGGGCAAGGACCUGGUUGUCCAGGAGUUGGCGACCUGCCCACUGACCCAAGACCUACUGCAGAAGGAGGACUGCUACAUCCUGGACCAAGGUGGUUUCAAGAUCUACGUGUGGCAGGGAUGCAUGUCCAGCCUCCAGGAGAAAAAGGCUUCCUUCCGCCGGGCUCUGGGCUUCAUCCAGGCCAAGGGCUACCCGAGCUACACCAACGUUGAGGUGGUGAACGACGGCACCGAGUCGGCUGCGUUCAAGCAGCUUUUCCAAUCGUGGUCUGGGGAGCAGGGCAAGAACAAGAAUCCGCGUGGGAUAGGUAAAUUGCUUCAGGUAAAGCUGGACGUGGGCAAGCUGCACAGCCAGCCUGAACUAGCGGCCCAGCUCCGGAUGGUGGACGACGGCUCAGGGGAGGUGGAGGUGUGGUGCAUCCAGGACUUACGCAGGCAGCCCGUGGACCCCAAGCAUUGUGGACAGUUGUGCGCAGGCAGCUGCUACCUUGUCCUCUACACAUACUGGAAUAUGGGCCACAUCCAGUACCUCCUGUACCUGUGGCAGGGCCUCCAGGCCUCCGCACAGGAGAUCAAGGCCCUGAGCAGCAAUGCCGAGGAGCUCGACCUCCUGUACCAUGGAGCCCUGGUGCACGAGCACGUGACCAUGGGCAGCGAGCCCCCUCACUUCCUUGCCAUCUUCCAGGGCCAGCUGGUGGUCUUCCAGGGGAGCACUGCACACAGUGGGAAGGAGCAGCUGACAUCUGCCACCAGGCUCUUCCACAUGCGAGGCACCGACAACCACAACACCUGGACCGAGGAGGUGCCAGCCCGUGCCUCAUCCCUCAACUCCAGUGACAUCUUCCUGCUGGUCACCACCGGCUUCUGCUACCUCUGGUUUGGGAAGGGCUGCAGCGGUGACCAGCGUGAGAUGGCACGGACGGUGGUCACUGUCAUCUCCAAGGAGAACAAGGAAAUAGUGCUGGAGGGUCAGGAGCCUCCUCACUUCUGGGAGGCCCUGGGGGGCCGGGCGCCCUACCCCAGCAACAAGAGGCUCCCCGUGGAUAUGUCCGGCUUCCAGCCCCGACUGUUCGAGUGCUCCAGCCAGACAGGCCACCUGGUCCUCACGGAAGUGGUGUUCUUUAGCCAAGAGGACCUGGACAAGUAUGACGUCAUGUUACUGGACACCUGGCAGGAGAUCUUCCUGUGGCUGGGGGAAGCUGCGAGCCAGCAGAAGCAGGAGGUGGUGGCUUGGGGCCAGGAGUACCUGAGGACCCACCCGGCAGGGAGGAGCCUGGCCACGCCCAUCGUGCUGGUCAAGCAGGGCCACGAGCCUCCCACCUUCACAGGAUGGUUCCUCACCUGGGACCCCUACAAAUGGACCAACAACCAGUCCUAUGAGGAGGUGGUGGAGGGCAGCCUGGGAGCAGUAUCUGCCAUCUCUGAGAUAACAGCAGAGAUCAACAACUUCCAGAUGUCCAGGUGGCCAGUCAGUGGCAGGGCAGGCCCGUUGGCCCAGCAGGCCCUCAAGGGCUCCGAGGACAGCUCAGAGAACGAGCUGGCGCUGGGCCCCAAGGCGGACUGUGGUGGUGCCAGCACCAGCAGAAGCACCAGCACCAGCACCAGCACCAGCACCAGCACCAGCAGCUACCCCAGCAGCCCCAGAUGCGUGAGCAACGGGGGCCUGCCCCGAGAACAGCUCAUGCACCAGGCCGCUGAGGACCUGCCAGAGGGCGUGGACCCAGCCCAUAAGGAGUUCUAUCUCUCAGACUCUGACUUCCAAGAUAUCUUUGGGAAGUCCAAGGAGGAGUUCUACAGCAUGGCCAAGUGGAGGCAGCAGCAGCAGAAGAAGCAGCUCGGCUUCUUCUGAACCCAGGCCCUGCCCCUCACAUGGCCAGACCCCCGCGGGCACCUCCUGACACCCACCUGAGGCCCUGGGGAGGCCCUCCUGGCAGUCUCUACUCAGAGACGCCUGGGUCACUAAAAUAAAAGCCUGUGGUCAUCACAA